CAGAAUAUAAAACAAAGAAUAUACCAAAUAAAAAGACUAAAUACAAUGAAACAAAACUAUCGGAAAGAGAAUUACAAGAAUCAAAAGAUAAAUACACAAUGAUUGUGUUUACGGAAGAGGAAAUGUUAGAGAAUAGGGAAGAAAAGAGAAAUCAACCGAAUUAUAAAAAGAUUUCGUAUAAAUGUGAAUCUUGCGUACUAGGUUUUACAAGGAAGGAUACAUUUGAUCAGCAUAUGAAGAAAAGACAUGAUAAGAAUAUAGGCAAAAUUAUAUGUAAGAUAUGCCAAUCACGUUACAAUAGUAUCAAAUCAUUGGAGAAACAUCGUAAGAAGCAUUAUGUUGUGUACAAAUGUAAAUUAUGUUAUUAUAAAACAUUAGAAAUGUGGUCAAUGUCCAAUCAUUGCCGUUUAAAACAUAGCAAUGAUGUACAAGGAAGGAUACAUUGUCAACAAUGCUCCGUUAUUGUUGGAAGUCCAGAUGAGUUGUCCGAACAUAUGCAAAGUCAACAUUUGGUACAAUGUAAUCAGUGUGGUGAUAAAUUUAAAGGAAAACAUACGCUGAGAACACAUAAGAUAUAUGAAUGUAUGGAAUGUAAGAAAAAGUUUGCUUCAAAAGUAUAUUGGAGGAAACAUUGUGAGUUUUAUCAUCAACGGAAAUCACAAUAUAAAUGUGAAACAUGUAAUAAGCUUUUCAUAUCUGAUUGGAGAUUAAAGAAUCAUAGACAAACACAACACGGUCUGACUAGAUCUAGGAACCAUUCAUGUAAUAUCUGCGGAAAGAAAUUCUUUACUCAAUCAACAUUACGCGGUCAUCAAUUAACACAUUCCGAGGAGCGUAGCUACAUGUGUGAAGAUUGUGGAGACACAUUCAAACAGAGACCAGCUCUCUACACGCAUUCAAGACUCGUGCACAAGACACGAACGACAACAAUGACCACAGUGUGAUCACAACAACGCUAUGGGGUCAUUACGUAACUUAGG